UGACUUCGCCGAUACCUCCUAGCGAGCAGUAUGUAAAUCAGAGCUCUCCGAUUGCAUUGGAAGGUAGCGUACAUAAGCUACAUUGCUUCUUCAGUGGAUAUCCGGAACCAACACCUAUUUGGCGAUUCAAUGGUCUCGAUAUUCCGGAGGAUGAUUCACGUUACACCUACGAAGCAUAUGGGAAAACAUUAGUUUUUAAUGUUAGCGCAGAAAUAGAAGGCAUAUAUGAAUGCAUUUUUAAAGCUCAUCCCAAUUUGGAUCGCAGAUUCGACGUUGUCGUUGAAGCAGCACCUUAUUGGACGGCAGGUCCACCGCCAAACAAACGAACAAGCGAAGGCGAAGAUGUAACUUUUAACUGUAGUGCUAACGGGAAGCCAGCACCUGUGAUUUCAUUUUUCAAAAAUGGCGUUGAGAUGAAACCAAGGGAUGAUGAUGUCAACAGAAAUUGGGAAAUAACAGGAAGUGUCCUGACAUUAAGGAAUGUUAAAAAAGGUAUUGCUGGCAGCGGCGAUAAUGCUGUUUACCAGUGCAAAGUGGAAAACAAACACGGAUAUUUAUGGGCCAAUUUCUACCUCAAUCUUCUUGCUUUCAAACCAGAACUUCUUUCUGACCCCGGUGAAGUCGAAGCUGUAGUUGGUCAAAAUGUAACAUUGGCAUGCAAAUUUUUUGCAUCACCGAACGUUAACAUUACAUGGGAAAGCACUGUGUUGCACGGUUUGCGACAUCACGUCGUACCAGCGGAUGCCGAUGGAGAAGGAAAGCUUAUUAUUGAUGCGGUUGGUCGAGAUGCGGAAGGUGAAUACACAUGUAUUGGGACGAAUAAACAUGGUACAGAAAAAGGAACAGCACAUCUGAUUAUACGCGAAGCGACAAGGCUGGAACCAUUUGAAAGACCUUUAGAAAAGGUUCUAGCUGGUCAGCGACUUGAAUUGCCAUGCAAGGCUGAACAUGACGAAAAUCUCGAAGUUACUUACGAAUGGCUUGUUAAUGGAAAGCCGUUAAUCGAACAGUACAUACAAUCUGGUCAUUAUCUCAUUACCGAUAAAAAUUCACUGAUUAUUACAAAUCCGGCACGAUAUGACGCUGCAUUGUAUACGUGCAUCGCAAAGACGGCAUUAGAUUCAGUGAAGAAGUCUGUUCAAGUUGGAGUCGAUGAUGUUCCAAAUCUAGUUCAUAUGGCAUUCCUUACGAAGUGCGACGACACUGCCCAAAUUGCGUCCAUCAGUUUUGAAUAUAUGGAGGAUAUUGAUUUUAGUGCUCCAAUAAAAGAAAUCUGGGCACAAUAUCAAAUCGAUGAAGAAACUGAUGGUGUGGUUUGGUUAACACAUCCUCAUCCUGCUUUGGCCGAUUCCUUGCAAACAGUAGAUGAUAACCAACGUAUAGUAAAAGGUACGAUCGAUGUAUCACUUCGGCCAUUUGGCAAGUAUCGUUUUCGCGUCUUUGGUCGCAAUGAUUUUGGUGACGGAGCACCAACAAAUGUAAAUGGCGGUUGUAUAACACCAGCUCGAGUACCUGAUAGAAAUCCAGAAGGUGUUUCUGCGACUGGGACACGACCAGAAAAUUUAAUUGUUUUCUGGAAACCAAUGCCAAGAGAAGAUUGGAAUGGGCGCAAUUUUCAUUAUAUUAUUCGAUAUCGGCCUGCUGGGUCAGAUGCUGAAUGGAAGGAAGAGAUAGUAGAGGAUCCAUAUAGUGAUCGGCAUACCAUUGAAUUAUCAGUUGAAGAGCCUUUCCGACCGUAUGAAGUCCAGGUUCGUGCUGCAAAUGAGAAUGGGACAUCUAAUGUUUCACCGCAGUCUGUAGAAGGAAGAACUGGUGAAGGUGAUCCUGGUUUUACCCCAACUGGGUUCAAACUGAUCACAUCGGAUUCAACAUCGGCAACUUUCGAAUGGGAUUCAGUUGAUCCACAACAAGUACAAGGAAAUUUUACCGGAAUAAAGAUUAUCUUUUGGUCUGAAGAAGAUGAAGGUGAAAGCGAUGUUGAGUUGGAGACAGAGGAUAUUGUACGAUUAAAGAGACAUUCGAGAUUGAGGAGGUCGAAGAAUGAAGUUUCGACUUCACAGACAAGUGUGUUUGGUGACAAACGCAGCGUUAUCGUUGCACCGGAUAAAAAAAGUGCCACAAUAUUUGGUCUACGACCGAACAGUGUUAAUUAUGCACAAAUUGCGGUAAUGAACGGUCAAAAUGAUGGUACACCGUCUGAUCCGAUUUCAUUCCGGACAAAAGAAGGAGUUCCAACUCCGGUACGAAAUUUGGAAGCAUAUCCCAUGAAUGGGCGUGAUGAGCGAGAAAGUGCUGUUGUAGCUGUACGAUGGGAUCGGCCACGACACUACAAUGGUCGUUUAACCGGAUAUUCGAUUGAGAUAUGCUCUGUCAAUCCAGAUGGCACAAUGGAGCAAAGAGAAAACUGUCCAAUCAGAAAGACGCAACCGAAGGAACGGUUCCUGAGGAUAUCGAAUUUGGAAAACGAUAGUAAAUAUCGAUUUAUUGUUUAUGGAAAUACAAAUGCUGGUCGAGGGGAUCCAAAUUCGAAGGAUGUCAUGACCUUACCUGAAGAUGUAAAAUUCUUUCUGGAACCGGAGCAACCACAUUUGGAGGAGAGUGGUGUUGGUGAUGAUUUUAUCAAUAUAACGCUGACACCAGGUGAAUUUGACAAGAAUGAAGGACGACCCGUUGGUAGUGAUUUGUAUGUCAAGUAUCGAAAAGCUGGCGAUGAUGAAUGGGAAAUUGCGGAACCAAAAGGCGAUGAUCUCAGUAUUCAAAUUGAUAACCUGGAGCCAGGAACGAAAUACGAUGUAAUCGUCAUCUCAAAGCAACGCGAUCAAUCUGGAAAUAUCCGGGAAACGGAGUCAACCGUCUCACAUAUUAGUACCACUGGUAGUGCACCACAAAGUGCACGAAUUUGGUGGUUAAUUAUCAUUUUACUGGUAAUACUCCUAUUGCUCAUUAUUCUCUGCAUUGUAUGCGUGGCAGCUCGGCAGCGUGGCGCAAAAUAUCCUGUGUCGGAGAAGGAAAGGCAACAAGGCAGGCAGCCCAUAUUACCUGGUAUUAAAGAGAGGGGAUUUGGUGAAUAUAUCAAACCAGAGGAUGACGAGAAACGGUCAUUAACGGGCAGUAAAGCAGAGUCAGAAACCGAUUCAAUGGCGGAGUAUGGUGAUACGGAUCCUGGACGGUUUACGGAAGACGGUUCUUUUAUAGGACAAUAUGUACCGAACAAAACAUUAGUGAGUACCAUAAACGACAAACCUGGCAGGGAUUGUGCUUCGACAUUUGUUUGA